CCAUGCGCCUUGUUGGGCUCACGUGACCAAAUGGCAGCCAGCGCACACAGAAGGGCACGAGCUUAGUGAAAGUUUGGUUGUGUCCUCGAGCUCAGUCCUGUGCUGUUUAAUGGUUUUUAGCGUGAUUUGUUUUAUUUAGGUCGCCGUUUUUAGUCGGUUACUAAAAAUGGCCGCCAGGACAGCUGCAGCUGCGAGACGGUCGACAUGGAGGAGCUUCUGUCCUUUCAGUCUCCGCUUAUCUGCAGGUAGCAGUCGGCUGUGCAGCUCCAAACAGGCAACCCAGAAGGACAAGCCAGUAAAGAGAUCUACAUAUAGACCAGAACCCAGCUCCACACAUGACUGGGUCGGUCCACCAAACCCGCUCUCCAACCUACGGCCAAUUAUUUACCACAUCCCGGACAAUGAAACAGAGCUGGAGAAACGACUGAGAAACCUGAGGCAGGAGACAGAGGACUGGAACCACAACUUCUGGGCCAAGCAGAACAUCACCUUCAGCAAGGAAAAAGAAGCUUUUAUCAUUUCACAACUGAAGGCAAAAGGCUUGACUCUGCGUGAUGAGGACGGACGACGGCGGUCCCUGAGCAGUGAAGAGAUGGCCACGUUUUACAAAAACUUCCUGGACAAAAACAGAGUACGACAUGCAAAUUACAACAAGGAAUGGUACAGACGUAACUUUACCAUCACCUUGCUCAUGGCUCGAGUCACCCUAAACAGUAUGUGGAGGACAGUUACGGAAAGACAGAGCAGCAAGAAAAACGGCACUCCUACCAGCUGAUAGCAAAGAAAAUACACACACCCCCACCCUCCUGUCAAAAUAUCAAAUGCCUUGGCUAUAUUUUUGUGCACUUCUGUUACUGCUUCAUGUUUAUUCAGGCUCUGCAAAUGACUGUAAAUUAUUCUGGAAAAAAUAAAACAAAGCAAAACA